AUGGAUUAUGAAGAAACAUUUGCCCAUGUUGCAAAAAUGACGACUGUCUGCACUAUGAUUGCAGUGGCCUCUAUUCGUCAAUGGAGAAUAUUUCAAAUGGAUAUUAAGAAUGUCUUUUUAAAUGGUGACCUUUAUGAAGAAGUUUAUAUGACUCCUCCUCCCAAUGUCGCCCACCAGUCUGGUGAAGUUUGUAGGCUUUGCAAAGUACUUUAUGGGCUCAAACAAGCACCUCGUGCUUGGUUUGAGAAGUUUUCCACAGUUAUUACUUCAUUUGAUUUUAUCCCUAGUCAUCAUGAUUCCGCAUUGUUUGUCAAAUGUACCAGUUUAGGUCGUAUUUUUUUGUCAUUGUAUGUUGACGACAUGAUCAUUACUAGUGAUGAUUCUGAUGGAAUAGAAUUUUUAAAAUCUGAGCAAUCUUGUUGUUCUGCUAUGAAAGACUUGGGUAUGCUGCGCUACUUUCUCAGCAUUGAGGUUGCUUAUUAUCCAAAAGGUUAUCUCUUAUCUCAAUCAAAGACUGUUGAUACUCCCCUUGAGCCCAAUGCCCGAUAUUCUCCGUUGGAUGGGAUUCCUUUGUCGGAUUUCAAUUUAUAUCGUACUAUUGUUGGGAGUUUGGUCUAUCUUACUGUAACUCGUCCAGACAUUGCACAUGUUGUUCAUAUGAGUCUUUUGUUUCCUUCCACAUCAUCUUUAGACUUGCGUGCUUACUCUGAUGCUGAUUGGGCUGGUGAUCUUACCGAUCGCAAGUCGACCACUGGAUUCUGUAUUUUCCUUGGUGAUUCACUUAUUUCAUGGAAGAGUAAGAAACAAGAUGUUAUUUCUCGAUCUUCUACAGAAGCUGAGUAUCGUGCCAUGGCUUCGACUACUUGUGAAAUUGUUUGGUUACGUUGGCUACUUGCAGAUAUGGGCAUUUAUCUUCAUCAUCCUACUCCCUUAUAUUGUGACAAUCAAAGUGUGAUUCAGAUUGCGCGCAAUUCGAUUGCUGAUAUGUUUACUAAGGCACACUCCGCUUCGCGCUUUCGUUUUUUAUCUGACAAACUCUCAAUGCUUAUAGUUGUAGCAUCGUGA